AUGCUGCUGCUCUGCCUGGUCGCUGCUCUGCUGCCAACGGCCGGGACGCGUCCUGAGAGCGGAGAGGAGGAGCCCAGACUCGGCUGCACCGCUCACCUGCUGACAACAGGAAGCAGUCUGAGCUGUAAGCUGGUGGGAGGCUGGAGCCGCGAGGGUGAUGAAGAGGAGGAGGAUGAAGGCGAUGCCGUGGUGCACAUGGCGGUGUGCUUCUACGACUUCCACCACGAUGAAGCGACGUGCUUGGAGGCGCCGGGCGACACCGUCACGCACCUGAACCCGCUGCUCCCCCUCAACGUGAGCGCCCUCCUGAGGACGGGAGGCCGGCUCAGCACCACCGUGGACCUGAAGACCAUCGUUCGGCCCAGAAGUCCUCAGGUGAAUAACGUGACUAUGGACCAGGAGGCCCGGCGGGCUGUGAUCCGGUUUCAGACCCCGUACGCCAACGACUACAUUACAGUCGACAACCAGCUGUUCCAGCUGCACAUCUGGACCGCCGGCAGCUCCAUGACUCAGAACGUGUCGGCGGACUCGUCCCUGGAGAUCGGCCUGGAGCUCCUCCGGCCGCGGGCCCGGUACCAGGUCCGGGUGCGGGCGAUCCCUGAGCGCGGGCUGCAGGGCUCGUGGAGCGAGUGGAGCGACAGGUUCUCGUUCUUCACUCCGGCCGACCUCCACCAGCAGACGGAUGAAAGACGGGAGACCAACAGACUCAUCGUGUGCCUCCUCAUUUUGCUGGCGGUGCCUUCAAGUGUCGUUUUCCUCUGCAAGAACAAAGUCUUUACGUCCAUGUGGCCGAGCGUCCCGCAGCCCGAACACACACUGCUGCACCUCUGGAGGAGCAACAGAAGCCUGUUAUUGAACUUCAAGCCGGUGGAGUUCAGCGCUCUCAAAGUGGAGAAAACCACCCAGUCCACUCCUCCCUGCUCCACCCAGUCCACUCCUCCCUACUCCACCCAGUCCUCUCCUCCCUGCUCCACCCAGUCCACUCCUCCCUACUCCACCCAGUCCUCUCCUCCCUGCUCCACCCAGUCCUCUCCUCCCUACUCCACCCAGUCCACUCCUCCCUACUCCACCCAGUCCACUCCUCCCUACUCCACCCAGUCCACUCCUCCCUGCUCCACCCAGUCCUCUCCUCCCUGCUCCACCCAGUCCACUCCUCCCUACUCCACCCAGUCCACCUCCCUACUCCACCCAUCCACUCCUCCCCGCUCGCCUCGGCCUGAAUGCAGCAGUGGAGGAAACGAGGCGGAGGCCUACGUCACCAUGUCCAGUUUCUAUCAGAUCCAGUAG